AUGCCAGAGGAACAUCCAAUCAAAUUGCCAUUGGCCGCAGUCAAUCAUUUGGAUAAAAUAUUACAGCAUUACUCAAGUUGGAAAAGACUUGUUAGGGCAAUUGCUCGGCUGAACAAAUUCGUCAAAUUUCGAAGGGCAAAAGGAAGAGGGGCCAACGUGACUCAAUAUUUUAUGGUAUCUGAACUAAGAUCGGCAGAGAAAAUAUUAAUUAAACGAGCACAAGCUAACGAGUUUUCAUUGGAACUCCUCACAAUGCGUAAACAAAGGGAGAUUCCUAAAUGUAUCAAACUUAAGGGAUUACGUCCAUUACUGCAAAAGGAUGGUCUAAUAGUGGUAGGAGGAAGACUUGAAAAUGCAGACCUUGAUGAGAACCAGAUACACCCAAAUGUUUUACCAGCAAAACAUAAGAUAACAAGAUUAAUUUUUGAGGACUAUCAUCAAGCACUCCUUCACUGUGGACCGCAAAUACUACUAGCCGUAGUUAGACAAUGUUACUGGCCCUUGAGAGGUAGGAUAAUGGCUCGUUCUACAGUUACACGCUGUAUCAAUUGCGUUUGUGCGAAACCAAGAUUUGAAACCCCACUUAUGGCUCCUUUACCAAAACAAAGAGUACAAAUGUCUCGUCCAUUUACAACAACUGGCGUACAUUUUGCAGGGCCAUUACAAAUUCAAAGUGGUAUACGUCGUAUAACAACAAAAAAGGCAUAG